CACUCCCUCCCUCUCUCUCUCUCUCUCUCUCACCCAAAUGCUCCUCCUCUUCCUCCCCCACCCUUCCCCUCUCCUCGUCGCCUUCCCCUCCCCUGCCUCGAGAAGUACCCGGGCCCGCCUCCCUCCCAUCCACGCCUCCGCCUCCCCUUCCCCGGAGCUCCUCGCCAAGUCGGCGCUCCGCCGCAUCUCCGACAAGCUCCGCAGCCUCGGCUACCUCGAGACCGACAGCCCGGAGGUCCCCGGUCCGGGGCCGGGCGCGGCUGGCCCGUCCCCCGGCGAGAUAUUCGUGCCCACCCCGGCCCAGCUCCCGCGCCACCGUGUCGGCUCCACCCUUGACCCGAGCUGGGCCACGGGCGAUGGGGAGGCGGGGGCCGCGUCCCGCCGCGGGAGGAGGCGCGGCGGCGCGGCCCCGGCGCCGCCGUCCGCCGCGGAGCUGGCGCUGCCGCGGGAUGAGAUGCGGCGGCUGCAGGGGGUCGGCAUCCGGCUGCGGAAGAGGAUCAAGGUCGGGAAGGCGGGUGUGACGGAGGGGAUCGUGAACGGGAUACACGAGCGGUGGCGCAACGCAGAGCUCGUGAAGAUCCGGUGCGACGACGUCUCCGCCAUGAACAUGAAGCGCACGCACGAGAUUCUCGAGAGGAAAACUGGAGGCUUAGUCAUUUGGAGAUCUGGAAGCACCAUCAUAUUAUAUAGAGGAAUUGACUAUAAGUACCCUUACUUUCAUGAUAGAGAAAAGAAGGAUGACAAGGAUGAAUCAUCAGAGCAUAGAAAUUCUGGAGAUGAGGAUGUGGAUCUUGCUAUAACAGCUGCUGAACAAAGUAGCAAUGAAGAGGAUGCUGAUAAUCCUGCAGAGCGUGGUAGUAAUCAUGCUCAGGAGGGCGAAGAUCUUGAUAUUGUAUAUGGAGAAAAGGAGAAUAUAGGAGAGGAAAAUAAGAAUCCUCACAUAGUAUCUUUUGAGCAGGACGACAUUGGAAAGAAAGAUACAAAUCAUCUCACACAUGUUGAUGUGCUUGAGGGAAAUUUAGACAUUGGAUCUAUAAAGCAAAACAUUAGCAGUGUUCCAAAAGAGCAGCAAUCAAUAUUACAUACAAACACUAACGCAGGUCAUUCUAGCGAGAUCAGUAGUCAAGCUCGAUCAACUUUAGUUGCUGGCGUUGGUUCUCUGAAUAAGUUUCGGUUACAAUUACCUGGGGAGGUCAAACUCACAGAGGAGGCUGACAAAUUAUUGGAUGGUUUGGGUCCACGGUUUUCUGAUUGGUGGGGGUAUGACCCUCUUCCAGUGGAUGCUGAUUUGUUGCCAGCAAUUGUUCCUGGAUUCCGUAGACCUUUCCGUCUGCCUCCUUCAGGUGUACCUCCGAAGUUAACCGAUAGAGAAAUGACUAUCCUUAGGAGACUAGCUCGUCCCCUGCCCUACCAUUAUGCACUUGGACGAAGUAGUAACCUUCAAGGGUUGGCUGCAUCUAUGAUCAAACUGUGGGAAAGAUGUGAGGUAGCAAAGGUCGCAAUUAAGAGAGGUGCACACAACAUUGAUAGUGAUAUCAUCUCUGAGGAACUAAAGGGCUUGACAGGUGGGACCCUUUUAUCAAGGGAUAAUGAGUCAAUUGUAUUUUACAGAGGGAAAGAUUUCCUGCCCACAGCUGUCUCUCUUGCAAUAGAGAAGCGUAGAAAGUAUGGCAAUUCUACAAUAAGUAACUCUAAGCUUAAUAUUGAUGACAGCGCACUGCAAAAUUCUUCUAAACUGAAGACGACAACUGAUAUUUCAGUGGAUGGGCAUGAGUGCUAUGAAAAGAAGCAUAACGAAGAAACUUCUGUUUCAGAGAAUAUAGCACAAUCUCUUAAUGUGGUUGCCCAGAAUGUUGAGGCCAGACUAUCUCAGGCAAUUGCAGAGAAAGAGAAGACUGAAAAGCUUAUUGAUGAGCUAGAAAAGACAUCUUGGCCUUCUAGAGCUGAAACUAGUGAGGCUAUAUCAGGAGAGGAGAGGUUCAUGUUGAGGAAAGUUGGUUUGAAGAUGAAACCAUUCCUGUUACUAGGAAGGAGAGGAGUUUUUGAUGGUACUGUUGAAAAUAUGCACCUUCACUGGAAGUAUCGAGAACUUGUCAAAAUUAUAUGCAAAGAACACAGCAUUAAAGAUGUUGAAUAUGCUGCUCGAAUUCUAGAGGCAGAGAGUGGUGGUAUAUUGGUGGCAGUGGAAAGAGUGAGCAAAGCACAUGCAAUUAUCAUAUAUCGUGGAAAGAACUACCAGAGGCCAUCAACUCUUAGGCCAAAAUCUUUGUUAAAUAAAAGGGAUGCCUUGAAGCGCUCUGUGGAGCAUCAGCGUUAUAAGUCCCUGAAGCUUCAUGUGCUUAACCUUUCAAAGAAGAUAGACUACUUGAGGGAUCAGAUGGGUGAACCUGUGACUUCAACUAAUCGGAUGAACUCAGACAACCAAAAUACAGGCAGUCUUGGUCUCAGUGUUGAUUCCAGAACAUUAAUGGACAAAAACGAAGAAGUGGCUGAAGUUCUUCCUGAGUGUUCCGAGUCAGUGGUUGAAGAACAUUCUUCAGGUCAAAGUGAAACAGAUGGAACCUCAAUUUUAACCGAGCCUGGAGUUCCUUUGGAUGUGCAGAACAAGCUAUGUUUCAACAUGUCUGAGACUGCAAGUUCCUGUCUGCCUGAGAGUACAAGUACUUCAUCAGAUAAUAUGAUCAAACACCAAAGUCAACUUAGUUCUUCUGUGACGCACAAUUCAGAUGAUCAUAGUGUAGGCUAUUCAAAAAUAGGAACUCUUACAACCGUACAUGAGCCAAACUUGGAUGAGAAAUCUACUCCUCACUUUCCUGUCGCUACUGCUCCACUCUCAAACCGUGAAAGGCUUAUGCUAAGGAAGCAAGCUCUGAAACUGAAGAAACGGCCAGUACUAGCUAUUGGGAGGAAUAAUGUUAUCACAGGAGUUGCAAAAACAAUAAAAACACACUUCAAGAAGCAUCCUCUUGCUAUUGUUAAUAUCAAGAACAGAGCUGACGGAACUCCAAUUCAGCAAUUGAUUUCAGAACUAGAGGAGGCAACUGGAUCAAUUCUAGUGUCACGGGAACCAAAUAAAGUGAUUUUGUACAGAGGUUGGGGAGCAGAUGUGGCCCAGAAUAGCUCAAAUGGAACUAGUACUGAACAAGUUGAGAAAGAGGUGAUAUCACCUCAGCUCCUGGAAGCCAUCAGAUUAGAAUGUGGAUUACAGCCGGAUGAAUCAGAGUAGAUAAUGUAUCUUAGAUCCUGCAAGAAGCAGCAUUCUAUCUUCGGCCGUGGAAGAUGGAGCAAAGUCAUCUUACAGACAUGCCGGUAGUGAAGCCGCAUGUAUGAAAUAUUGUGGAACUACACCGUACUGACAUAGUUGCGUUUUCCCUUGCCCUUUCUAACCAUACAGUUUUUUGGUUGGCCUCCUCUUCUUGCUCGUUGACGUGCUGUUUAGUUUGAGAAUGUAGACACGAACAAUGUUUUAUAUGUAGUGUCCCCUUGUCUUCUUCCUUUUUAGUAGUAAAUCUCAAGCAUCUGAAAGCCCUAACUGGAUAUAAUAUUUUCCUACAUCCUACAAUGUAUUCUCAGUG